AUGUAUGCAGAAACUUUAACUGAUUUUAUUAUUACUAAAAAUUAUAUAAAAUAAUUGAUCGUAUCUUAGAAAAACCAUUCCUUAUAAAAUUUAUACAAAUAUAGGAUUAGUUAUCCUGAUGAUAUCUAAUUAUAGCUGAUUGCAAAUUUGUUAUUUUCGAGGUAAGCCGUCAGCUAAAUUUAUAUAGUCUACAUUUUAUGAUUAGAAGCGAAAGACAAAAAGUGAUUGGCUUUAGAAAGACUUAUUGUCUAUUUUCAAACAUUAUAGAAUUAGAAUUUGUGAUAAUGCUAAUAUAAAUAUUAGAAAAGCAUGAAUUGGAAAUUUAUUUGAUCUAUUUGUGCAAUCUGAUUCUUCAAUUAGGAGUAAACACUUAUUUCAAUUGAUAAUAUCGUAUUUGGAUUAAGCAUUUUGACAAGAAUAGAAAAAAUGAAGGCGGU